AUGUGCAUUGAUUACCACCAGUUGAACAAGGUUACCAUCAAGAACAAGUACCCGUUGCCGCGCAUUGAUGAUUUGUUCAACCAGUUGCUGGGUGCUAGGUUCUCUAAGAUCGACUUAAGGUCAGGGUAUCAUCAGGUGAAGAUUCGGGACUCGGAUGUCCAGAAGACUGCUUUCCGUACUAGAUAUGGCCAUUAUGAGUUUUUGGUGAUGUCCUUCGGCUUGACUAAUGCCCCAGCAACGUUUAUAGAUUUGAUGAACAGGGUGUUUAGGCCUUAUAUUGAUUCCAUUGUUAUUGUCUUCACUGAUGACAUCUUGAUCUACUCACGUAGCCUGGGGGAGCACGAGCAGCAUUUGAGAGUAGUGCUUCAGACAUUGGGAGAGCAGAAGCUAUAUGCUAAGUUCUGCAAGUGUGAGUUUCGGCUUGAGUGA